GAAGAAAAAUCUGUUGGCUUCUCUGUUUUGGCGCUAAUCAUCACUCUUUUUUUUUGCGAUUUGCUUUUCUUCCUUCCUCAGGACUUAGGUUUGGUCAUGGUAGCCAUAACAAAGUUCCAAUUUUAAAUUAACAGCUUUUUGAAUUUUCUCAAAAUUAUUGCUGUUAUUAUUAUUAUUUUAAUGGCUUCUUUAGGCAUUGUUGAUAGCUUGAGUUCAGCUUCAACUUUAUGCCACUCUCACAAAAGGAAAACCCUAAUUCUCCUUUCAAAUCCUAAGUUUCUUCCAUCAGCUUCCUUUUUAAAAUCAAAGAAGCUGACUUUGGUUCCUAAAUUGAAACUUGUGAAGCCCAUAUCCCGCAAUUCUAGGUCGUUUCCAGUUAUCUUUGCUGUGCAAUCUAAUUUCUUGAAAGUUGUUCAAACAGCAUGGAAGGUUGGGAAGGAUGGUAUUGAUGCAGGAACUAGACUGGUCCCUGACUCUGUACCAAGACCAAUUGCAAGGAUUUCAGUAACAAUUGUUGCACUGUCUGUUUCACUCUUUGUACUGAAGUCUGUGUUAUCUACAGCAUUUUUUGCUCUGGCCACCAUGGGAUUUGUAUAUUUUGUCUUCAUCGCCUUGAACAAAGAUCAAAGGCCAAAGGGUGGUGGAACUGGAAGCACAACUUCCUCUGAAGACCCUUUAGAAGAAGCAAGAAGAAUAAUGGAGAAGUACAAGUAACAGCGGAAGGAAGGACAUGAAUUGCGAGCGAUUGCGCCAUGAGAAAAUUGAAAAGAUGUAUGUAUAAAUAUGAUAGAUAUAUAUAUAAAUUUUCAUAUACAGGUGUCCUUCUUCAUUGAAUUUAUGAUUUUAUCCUUUUGGGAAUCAUGUCAUUGCAUUCCUUGAAAUAAAUUUGAGAGUUAACAGUGUGAA